GGCCUUUUCCGCGAAAAAGAGAGGUAUGUGAAUACUUUGUAAAUUUCUGACUGUCAGGCGUUUGGCUCCAUUAGGACUGUGCCCGUCGAACACUUAGACUUUUGAUGUUUGCGGUUGACCCGUUUAACGGAAAGCCGUUAGUGUGCGUUUUCCCGUGAAAGGUCAUAAAUUCCCAAAUCAGUACAUGUAAAUAAUAGACCUGUUUAUAGUUCCUAGCGCUAUAUUGGGCAUGAAAACGCGCACAAGUGAGAACGAGGCGAGGAUUGACUCGUGUUAAAUGUCUGUGAGCGCUUUUGUUGAAAUUCGUACAUGGGUAGUAAAAUUGUUCGAUUUUUAAGGAAAAUGGAUGGUCCUAGCUGAAAUCUCGAUAAAGCUAAUUUUCUCCCAAAAGGAAAGGAAAGCAUUGUGCCGCUUUUGGUUGUUCAAAUACAUUUUAUGGUUUUUAACAAAGCGGUCACAAUCGUUCUUGGUCGAAUUUCAAGCCGUCAUAUUGUCUGAUUUUCACAUAUUAAUAUUUGCGUUGUCAUCAAACAGAUCAGAGAUAAAACCAUCAGUAAAGUAACAGGGUUUUCUCUAAGGUUAUUAAGUAGCCGGAGCUUUUUUAAAGAUAAAUGGUAUUCAUAUCUCGAAAUCCAAUAUGGCCAAUAUGGCGGACAAAACGUCAUAUUGUUCGUACUUUCCUGCCACCGUAGCAAGAUUUGUCAAAAAGACAGUCCCCAUCAGAACGUUUUUAAACUAACUUUGAGUCAGAAGACUUCUUAUGUUUUCAGAAAAGAUAGGCAGCGCAAAUUUGUAUUUUUAUGGAGCCCAAAUUUAGACCUGAUAAACAUCAUCUUUGUACGGGCUCUCGAAGCAAUGAAAGUGGCCGGCGAAACCUUGCAGAGAAACCGGCGUACUUCGCCGGCUGCCGGCUCUUAUCUACAACCCUGAAGUAAAGAAAUGGCCACUCACGAAAGUGCAAGUGAGAAGACUAUAUGAAGGCUCGAAAUUAUAUUAAGAACGAUUGCGAUCAAGAGACGGGCAAGGAAUAUUCGGAAAAAUUUCCGCACAGCCCCGUACUUCAUUAUGCAUGCACAUACACACCUUCGAUCUGUUGCUCUUCUGCGUGGUCACAGCAUGUGUUGAAAUGAACCCGCUACCGGUCCCUUGGGUGAGAAAAUUUCAAUAUUAGGAGGCUGUGAUUUCUUUAUAACAAGUAAGGAAUAAUAAUCUCUAGAUUUCUUUUCCUUCACAUCAAAAAUAUUGUUAUUUAUUUGAAGCAAAGAAGGCGUUAGUGUAUAGAUAUACCGUAUUCAAGUUGUAUUUUUAGAAGUUCAGAAAUGUGAUUUGAGGCUAUUAUUUUUAUUAAACCAUAUAAACAUUUUAUUCUUUCCACGUGAGUUUUUUAGCUUCAUCGAAAUUAAUUUCGACUUAAUGGAGAGGGGUAGCAUCAGUGAGACUACUUCUGUCCACAGAACACAACUUCCAUCAACAUCUGCUCCACCACAAUACCCCAUUCAUUGCUUUCAGCAUGAAUGAGCUAAAAACCAAGUCGGUAUAUAUGCUCCUGAUAAAUUUGAGGAAUCAAAUGAACAUAGCCAUCCCAAACUAUGAUGUUGAUCAUGAAGAGCCAAAUGACCCUAAACAGGCUUUCUAUCCACAUGUAAUGCUUUGUUACAGUUAAAUGCACAACUUAAAUUCUAUAACUAGCUACUUGUAAUGACUGUUGACCAUUUUUUUAAUUUGAACUCUAAGAGUUUUUUGUGAGAACAAAGAAUAUGCCUAAAUCAAUACAUGUCAAUAUUUUUCUUCCUUCUCUGAUCUUUUUCAGUCACUCUUGAUUGUGAAACAGAAUAUCAGGGUUCUUGUUGAUUCAAUUUUUACCUGUAAACUGUUCUUUUUCAGAAUCAACUAUCAGUUUGCAGUACCAUUAUAAGGUGAGUUUUGUAGAUAGACAUUGGAAUAAAUGAAAAAAUGGUGAACAUCACAUGGUUAUCAUUCAGGGAAUUUGAAAGAGUAAACUGUUUCUCGUUAUUCCAUUAUGGGUCAUCAUCCAUGACUUAAAAACUUGCACAACUCAUUUUUAAGAAGCUGACCAAGUAAACUCAAUGAUUUUUUAUUUUUUUAAACAAUUUUAUUCUGACCUUUCAUUUACACAGUUACAAUUUUACAUUCAUAAAAUAGGUUAAAAAUGAUAACAAUUCGAUAUAUCUAACAAUCUUACGCAGUUACCCUAUUUUCAGCUUAAGAAAUUAAACAAAUUAAACUAAUUAAACCAAGCAACAUAAAGUAAAAAAAAAAGAGGGAAAAAACAGGAUAGAAGGCAAAUCAGCUUAAGAUUUUUUAAAUUAUUAACCAUUCCUUUUCAUUUGAAUAUCCAUUUCUUUUCAAAAAAGUUUUUCUUAUUUAUUUUUCUUUCAAUUUCAUAUUUGAUAGCUAUCUUGUUCUGAUAACCUUGUAUUUUAGGGUGUAUUUGUUUUCUUCUGCAGUCCCACAAAAACAGUUUUCCAAUAAUAAUAAGGUAAUUGAGUAGUGUAUGUGAAGGGCAUUGUGUUGAAAGCCUUCCAAAUAAAACAUUUUCCAAAGUCAGGUGAACUACCUGAUUUGCCAAGCAGAACCAGUACAAUUUGAAAUCAUUCCAGAACUGUCUCGCAUAAGUGCAUUGAUAAAGCAGGUGAUAUAGCAUUUCUUGCUCAGCUUCGCAGAAAGUGCAUAAGUCAUCAGCUCUAAAGCCAAUUUUACACAAUUUCGUGUUUGUGUAGAGUAUAUUGUUAAGGAUUUUAUACUGAAAAGCCUUCACAUAGGAUUCAAGUGCAACAGAGUGAGGUAAAAUGAAAGAUUCCCUCAAUAGAUCAUCUGAGAUAUUAAAGUCUCUUUUCCAUUUAUGAACAAUAUUAGGAGGCUGUGAUUUCUUUAUAACAAGUAAGGAAUAAUAAUCUCUAGAUUUCUUUUCCUUCACAUCAAAAAUAUUGUUAUUUAUUUGAAGCAAAGAAGGCGUUAGUGUAUAGAUAUACCGUAUUUACCCGUGUAUAAUGCGCACCCGUGUAUAAUACGCACCCUAAUUUUUGACCUUUUUUCCGAAAAAAAAGAUUUCAUGACAAAUACCAAGAAUUAAAACUUCCAUUUUUUCACUUAAUUAACAAGAGCUGGGAAUUAAUCAAUAAUAUGUUUACAACAAUUUCUAACUAGUUGCUACUACAAAAUAUCACAUGCACCGAGCACCUAUUUACAAGCUUUUCUAUUCAAUAACAGUCAAACAUUUUACAAAUGUUGUAACUUGAAGUCCUUAUUAAUAUACCUAAAUUCACAACUGGAAUUAUUAUCAUAAAAGUCAUUCAUAAACAUUAUUUCUACUCACAGCACUGCUGGUAGCUCAAAUAUCAUCACUGCAUUGCAAUUGCAUGAUUUAAGCAAAAUGUUCAGUGUCUUUAAACAACGAAACCUUCAAAUUCCGACUCGCAGUCUGAUUCAAAUAAGUUUUCGAUGACUGAAUCAUCAAGUUCAUCAGUGAUCUCGGUUGAAUUGUAAACCGAUUCAUCUUGUGAUCCAUCCGAAUUGUUUGUGCACUCACACUUCAGAGAGAGGCAGCGAUCAUUUCUGAUGGAAUGGCUUUCUACGCUUGUGAAAUAUACGAACAGAUCAGUUCCUCCGAAGCCUUUUUUUGUCGUCCAGUAAAUUCAUGAAUUCCAUCAGCCAUCCACUGCUUUCGGACUCCAUCUCUAAACGGUUUGUUCAAAGAUACAUCGAGUGGCUGGAGAAGGGAAGUUUAUGUUUGAAGGAAGCAUUCACAGUAUCUGUCACAUGAGCUUCAAAUGAGUCGUAAACAAGCAAGCUCUUUCUCCUGGGCCACCGAUCCACGGACUUUUACUUUCUUUGUUGUGUUUUUAAUGUAUGCAAAUUAGGACGUGUUUAACAAACAAUAGAAUCCAUGUACAAUAUGCACCGCGAUUUUGAUGCUUGUUUUUAUGGAAAAAAAAGUGCGCAUUAUACACGGGUAAAUACGGUAAUCACGAUCAUCUUUCAAAAAAUCAGGUAUUUAGUGUCGAAGACCUGCCCAUUGUAGAAAGCUAAUUUUUCUAAUUUUAUUUGAAAUGUAACUGAAGGAAUCAUUAAUAUUCAAAUUGCGCCGGAGAUCAUGGAUGUGAGUGAAUCCGGAGUCAAAAAAUUUUUUGUACUAGAUAGGCUUUUGAUCUAUUCUAAUUUCUUGAUUAUUCCAAAUAAUAUUUGUCCAAUUCAAGUCUGUAGCGAAAGUUUCACGAAAUUGUGACCAUCAUAGAAGAAGCUCUUGAUAAAACUGGGAAGUGAUUGUAUAAUCGUUAACAUCAUAGUUACAAUUAACAAAGAACAGUCCUCCAAAUGUUUUCAAUUGGUGUUGUAAGUACCGCUUCCAUGAUCCAUCAUUUGCGUUAAAUAUUCGUUUAAGCCAUGCCAAUCUCAGAGCUUUAAAGCUUAAAGGUUAUAGUAAACUCAAUGAUGAUAAUUUUAUUUAUACAGUUCAAGCAUUUUAAAAAGUGAGUCACAGAAUAUGAAUUUGUGUUGCUGAUUUUAAACCAGUUUUGGCAUAGAUUGAAGAAUGCUUAUUACAGGUAAUGACAUUUUUAUCUGUAUUCCACCAACAGGAUUUGGAAUUGAAAUUUGCAGCCAAAUAUGGCAUUGAUGGCAAAGAAAGAAUGGAGGUCGACGAUGAGCCUGGUAAUUGUAUUUCAGAUAAUUGUAACCUGUUUUGAUUUGAGUGUGCUGGUUUUCAUAUUUAUUUAACAUUGUUAACAUAACAAACCUUAUUGGUUUGGUAUAGCAAGCCAGGGGCUAGAAGAUUUGAGAUCAGGCUGACAGAUUCUGACUCUCACUUUUACAAUGGGCAAAAAUAUAUUUUCAGGGACUUUUAACAUACAGAAUUACCUCAAGUCUAAUACCCUUUUCACACCACCAGAGCAUGUUCCGUUCAACUGUGUUUAACUGAAUGGACAUCAGUAACAGAGAACUGAACAACUGAAUUUCUCAUAUGGUUCAUUGAAGUAGUCACUAACUCUUAAUUUCAAUGUGUCAAAUUUCAAACUGGCAAACACUGCUUUGAGCAGCUCACCAUUCGCUGCAAUGAAGGGCUACCCUUGAAAUGUUGGCUCAGAAACUCUCUGCCAUGGCCAAUUUACAUCAUCAAGUCAUUGAUGUUUAAAUUGAUGAAACCAAAUUAUCUGAUUUUAAAGUGUGUUUAAUUAACAAAAUAGCUUUAAAACAAGCUUAAGCUUUGGUGUGAAUUGGUUAUUACUUAAGAUUUUUGUUAACCUUAAGUUAAAUUAAAGUGGAACCAAAUUAGUAUUUGAUGUUGCUCUAGUGAAGUGAGUAUUGCAUUGCAUUUGUUGCUAGGCCGUGUGAAACUUUUUUUAUGCAGUUUUCCUAAUCUGCUCAGUCUUGAGAUUAAAAUUAAUAGAAAUGUGGCUAUUGGACAGGACUUUUGUCUUGCCUGUGCAGGCCAAGGAGAAUAGGUAAUAGAUCACAUUUUCUGCCUAUCUUGGAGUUUGUAGACUUGACUGUAUUUUGUUUUUUUCAAUAGUUGUACAACUUCCACAUGAAGUACAACUGAAUGUGAGUGACACACAGGAGUGCCAAUUUCAGUAUGAUUAUUCAAGUAUCCAAGAUGAUGUAAUAGGGAACAUGGGUUUUCUGGAAAAUUUUGUGGACUCGCCUCCAGUUGUCAUGAAAACUGUCAGGUGUAUCAUUGUUUACCUUUGGGAAAAGGAUACCCAUGGUGAGUAAGAUUAUUUUGACCUUAUGUUGGACACAAUGAAGUGUAGCAUGGAAUAUGUGUGAGGUUGACCAGUGCUGUGGGGUACAUCCUCCAAAAAUGUUACUCUCAACAAUGUAAGGGUUCUUUCAACAAUUGCAUUUUAAAGUAGUUGGGUGUUUUUGUUAUUAUAUAACUUGCAAAGGAGUCAUCUUAUUAAGAUCUGUCUUUUUUGUUUGGCAGGUAUUCAUUUGGUUCCUGAAAAUGAACACCUUACUAUAACCAAAGUGGAUGAACAUGGAAGGACAUCAGCCUUCAUCUACAGGAGUAACCCUGCAAAGGACACAAUCACUGUUUCUGAAUGUCAACAAAUCAACAAUUUUGUUGGUGUUCAUCCAAAAAAAAAAUGGCUGACAAGUGUCCUGUGGCUCCUUUCAGAAUUGGCUGUGAAUCAGUUUGGUGAGGGAAGAUAGUAACUAGUCAACUUAGGAGGUAUCUUGAGACUGCUGAAAAGGUUAUGUGUAAAUGUGGAAAAUAAACAAUGGACAAGGGGAGGGGAUUUUAGAGAGCUUGUUUUAAAUGGCAGUCAUGAAAUGUGAUGUUGUGUUGUUUUGGCUGUCUAUGCAGUGUCAGUGCAAUGAUUACUUAUUCUCAGACUUCAGAAACAUCUAAGCAGAAAAUGUGCUCUUUCACAGCAAGUGGAGCAAGCUGAGUACUUGUAGAUAUUUAAACAUUAAAUUAAAAAUUACUUUCUUUUAUUAAUUCCCUUUUUUAAAUUUUUUAUACUUUAAGGCUGCUUUUAAGUUUCUUAAUCUUUUAUUAUACCUCAUAAAAUGUUUGGAAUAUAUUUGUAAAUAUUUAAAUAUUCUUAACUAGUAGUUUCUAUAACAGUAUUGUUAGUUUUCAACAUCAGGCCCCUCUGGAUACCAUCCUUAUAGCUGAAUGUGUUACCCCAUAUAAAUAAAGUUUAUCUAUCUAUCAACUGGAGUCAUAACAGACCAAUAAAAUAUCCUGAUUAUUUAACAAGUUUCGUUUCAGGAAAGAGUGGAAUCUUUGAAAAUUACUCAUACCCAAGCUGAAUACUUACACUUGUUAUUUCUUAUUCAUUUCUGUUACUGGCAGGGAAGCAAGGCUAAAGUCCUGAGAAACCCAAACAAGACUCAUUCGUUUUUGUAAAAGAAAACAUUAAAUUUAGUUAUCUUAGAAGCAAUAAUUAAAUGCAAAAAGAUUUCCCAUACUUUUAUGUCAUUCUUUUUGUUGAAAACUAGGUAACAUAGAAUGUGUAUAGGGUUUUUUUUUUUUUAGUAUCAGUGCCAGGUAUCACAAAAUGAUCAGUUUUAUCAACAAGGUUGAUAAUAUAAAUUGGCCACAGUAAACCCAUCAUCAACUCAGUUAUAAUGAGGACAUUGUAGAUAUGCUUUUUAUUGACUCUUUUUUUAUCCUUUAUAGGCUGAAUAAAUUUAAACACUGCUUUUGUAUAUUUGUGUGAAUGUACUUGAAUCCUCUUUAGCAAGGGAAUAAAACAAGCCAAAGGUUUGGUGACAUUUUACCCUUUCCUUCCCCACCCUGAGCUUUCACAUUUUCCAUCCUGUUCUCCUUACAUUUCCUAUGAUACUAACAAGAAUUGUUUUUGAGAAUAAGGAGCUUCUUAAAUUGGUGAUCAUUUCCUUUAUUCUCAUAACCUUUACAUUCAAUUAAAGGGUGAUACUGUAAAGAGAAAUUAGAUGCCAGACGCUCCUGGGGGUGGGAGGGUUAACUGCCCACUUUUUACCAGGGGAGUAGUUUAUUUAAGGAGUAACUCGGUAUGUAGUGGGUACACUAUCAUGACCCGAUGACAAAUGAUUUAUUCCACUUGGAACUCGAUGCAUUCUGGCGCUGUUAGAGACAGUAAUCAUAUCCACUCGAGUUAUUUGCCAAAUUCUUAAGAAAAAUAAAAAUUUAUUUAUUAAUUAACGUUUUCCUUGGCGUUGUCGUCCAGACUGCGCAAAUUCCCUCUUUAAGGCAGUACCUGGCUGGUGGGCAUUUAGACGAAGAAACAAAUCGAUCAAAUGAAUGAGCUAUUAGAUUUUACGAUAUUAUUUCCAAUACGAAGAUCUCGCCUUCAGGAUAAAAAAAACACUGCAUAAUUUGUAUUUUCCUUUUGUUUUAAUAUUUAGAUUCUUUGUGUUUGGUUAGUCUCCAUUUGAUUCUGUAAGUUCAAAUUCUUCAACCCUUUUUAAUGUUCGUACAAACAUCGUAAUGCCAUGAACCUUAGCUAAAAGUUCAGUAAUAACUUCAUAUGUAUAUCCUGAAAGAAAAAUGAAAUUAUGCUUUCCUCUUCCUCGUUUAUCAGUAUUGUACUGUUUCGUGCCACCCCCGGUAAAUAAAGUUUGAUUGAUUGAUCGAUUUCAGUUCAAACCCACAACAUGUACAGUAGAAAAAUGGUGCCUUCGUAGUAUGUAGAUAGAGCUGUGACACAAGUAAGAAUUUUUAUUUUUGCUUCCUUAAGUUUUCUUGGAACAAGUAAAUAGUACAAUAGGUGUUAAAUAAUUUAUUCUCACUUGAAAUAAUAACAAAGUACAUUAAAAUAACAAGAAAAUAUCAAAGCAAGGUCAGAAGAAACUUGUUUGACAUGUUUUCAUUGUUAAGUAGAUCAAGGAAAAGUCAGAAAAGUUGUCUAAGGUAUGUCAUAUGUUAGGGGCGAAUAAAUGGAGUGUUUUUGUAAGAGUUUCAAAACAUUGUUUCUUUUUUGAAGUCAUUCCAGUUCAAGUGCUGUCACUAGUACAAUCAUCAACUUUUGCAUCUGGAGUAGAACUGAGCAAGAGGACUUCUCUGGAAUCUAAACCAAUCACUUCUAGAGUUUUCCAUUGUUCCAUUUUCAUUUCCUCCAAACCCAAUUCUCUUAAAGAAGAUGAAACUGCUGCACCCAUUCUUGCGCAAAGUCCAUCUUUACCAACCAAUUAGCUUGCAAUCGAUUCACCCCGCACAAGAACCUGAAAACAGCGUAACAGCUGUGUAAAAGGCCAUCACUCAUCCCUUUUUCUUUAACUUCCAAACUUGAAGGAACACCAGAGGGCAUACUGGAAAAAAAAUCUCAGACCAACAUUAACCUUAAGUUGUUGUCAAUUGACUGUUGUUGAGUUAGGGGAGGGGUGGGUGCAGUCUGCAUGAUGCACAGCCAUUGGUUGCUGUCAUAUUCGGUACUAAACAAAAUGAUGAAUACUUCAGAAAGAGAGAUCCUCAAGAGUCUCUGCGAAAAAUAAGCAUGCAAUGUACUUCACAGCCAGCUUGUGAUGUAACACUAGGAGACACAAUUGAUCUUGAUGGCGGUUACAUUAUGCACUCCUCCACGUUAACAAGACUGCAAGUUAGUCAUGACUUAUUCUCUUGAACUUGUCAUAAUUUGUACCUACUAAUUAAAUGUCACGGAAUGUGAUGCAAUCCAGUACAUCACAACAUCAAACUUAACCCUUUAACUCCCAUGAGUGACCAAGCCAAAAUUUCUCCUUACAAUAUCAUUACAGUAUCAACCAGACAAGUGAUGAGAAUGAAGAAAAAUUUCAAUUUGGGGAUAAUUAGUUGAUCCAAUAUUAAAUUCUCUGACCUAACAUUAUAAGAAUUGUAUGGUUGACAGUAAGGAGAAUGACAAAUUUGAUCUGGAAGUUAAAGGGUAAACCUUCAUUGCUAUGCCAUUCCAUUAUUUGAAAAUGCUAAAAAAAUGCAUUUAAACACAAACUUCCAUUGUCUAAUACCGACAAAAAAUAUUCACAUUCAUAAAAUCUUACAUACAGUGUAAUUUGUACUGUAUGGAAAUUUGAGCCUGUCAGCCAUUCAAAUGUUUAACAUGAAUUGUGACAACUUGGUUAAUCUCAUUUAACCCUUCUAUAGGCAGUUCACAGUCAUGCUUUAUCUUUUAGUUCUAAUAGACUCCUUCUUUUGCUCUUACGAAGGACUAACACUUGAAACAUCAGCUUUAGAAACUCGAUAGUGGUCAAUUUACAUUAUUAACUCAGUUAAUGAAACCAGAUAAUCUCUUUCUAACAGUCUCUGCUUUUUUUCUGAUUGCAUUUUUUUAAGGUCAAUGGCUUUUAUUUUAGUUUUAUGAACUCAAACCAAGUGCAGUAAAAUCACUUUUAUUAAAUUCACUUGGUUUUAAUUUUACAAGAAUUUCAAAAAUCAAGCACUAUCAUAUUUUUCAGUAAUGAAAUAAACUAUUUGUUUCUUAUACUCACGGGAUGAAUGGUUUGCCAAGCUUAAAAACAGCUUUCAGGGUGAAUUUGGCCUUUAAAAUGAUGCAAAAAUUCAGUCGUUCAAAGAACCUGAAAAAAAGCAAUGAAAGAAAUGUUACAGUUUAAUUUAUAUUAUUAUUAAAAUCUGUCAGAUAAAACCAUAUUCUGUACUCUUUUAGCAAAAUAAUUGUUGAUUUGGUUGCUAAUAUUUGAAGUAGGUAUAUGUUUCCAUCAGUACAAACUUCUCUUAUCUAUUUUUCAAUAGUUUAUAUAAUUUCUUCGCCAAAUGAAACGAACAAAGCUUUGCACCAUCAUCCUCUCCAUGGAUAAUGACUGUGAAUUUGUCAGUGACAAGAUUUUUGUUGAUGUACUCUUCUACAUUUCUGAAUUCAGAGAUUAAACAAAGAUGAUUAACCCCCAUUAUAGUUAUAAUGAAUAAAGCUUCGCAGCAUCAUCCUCUCCAUGGAUAACAACUGUGAAUUUGUCAGAUGUACUCUUCUACAUUUAUGAAUUCAAAGAUCAAACAAAGAUGAUUAACCUCCAUUAUAGUUAUAAUGAAUAAAGCUUCACAGCAUCAUCCUCUCCAUGGAUAACAACUGUGAAUUUGUCAGAUGUACUCUUCUACAUUUAUGAAUUCAGAGAUCAAACAAAGAUGAUUAACCCACAUUAUAGUUAUAAUGGUUGGUAAUACAAGAUGUAAAAUCUUGGAUUACAGGAAACAAAAAAUUUACUUCAAUUUCACUGCAUUUUGCAUGAUAGGGAAUGCCUAAACCCUAUAACCAUCAUGUGAGUACCUACACUGCACUUUUAAUUGGAUCCCAAAUACCCUGAGCAUAGUGUGCAUCUAAUUAACACCUUAAAAAGUUUUCUUUUGGAUAACAUAGUCAUUAACAUAAUUAAGUCAUUAACAUAGAAUUAAAGAAAUACUCUCACUUACAAGCAGAGAUUGUCAGUAAGCGUCUUUGAAUUUGACCUUCGGAACAGUUUUGAUACCAAAGGUACCUUCCCAGUGUUCAAAAGGAAAAUAUCAUUGCCUGAUUCAUCACAGUGAUCUGAAUAAAGAAAUAUUUAAAACUCCUUUCAGAAAAGAUUAUCAUACCACUUUUAAGACUUAUAUUCUUAAACUACAUGAACCAAAAACUCAAGCUCUUGUGAUUUCAAUCACUCACCACUUUUUGUGAAGAAAGAGCCGACAAUCUCAUCUUACUUGUGAAGAAUAUGUUAUAUUCAUCACCCAACUCCCAACGUAAAGGUCAAGCUGCUGUUCAUCAAUUUUCAAUGACUCCCUAGAACUGGGAGUAACAUUCUGAAAGUAAUAAAUCAUUACAAUUAUUUCUUAGCUGAAAAACUGUGAAAGAGAAAAGUAUAAAUAAACUUCCUAUUUGCUGUUAUAGUAUUAAUGAUUGAUUAAAAAAGGCAUUUAAUUGUUAUGAUUGAUUCUUUUGAUACAAAUUGUUCCUGAAGCACAGCAUGCACUAUACCUACUUGAAACCCCAUUUGAAGCCAGCCGGUGCAUACAUAAUUCUAUAUUUAAACUCAAGAACCUGAUACUUAUUAAGCUCCUAGCUUUAAGGCAGCUAAUGCAUCAAGUUUAAAAUGAAAAUAAUAAAAUGGUUUUUUUUUUAUAUAUUAAAAGGGAGAAAAGUGACUUAAGAAAAGCAGAAACUAUUACCCUGGUCUUGAUUACUUUAGAGUUUCAAGUAGUUCAUGUAUGAUAUACACACUAAAUCUUAAUUCUUUAGAGUUUUGACACAAUAUACAGACUGAUAAACCAAAAGCUGGUAAAUCCUUAUAGGUUCAUGCAUAGUAGACUCGAAGAGAUUUGAUAAACAGGGUUUCAAAAUAAGGAGAAUCUAGUGCACUUAAGACAAGGUUCGUUGUAUGUAUCAUUAGUUUGGAUUGUUUUAAUUGAUUUCAAGUUAUAUUGCAUGGCUAGGGGUAUUUUAGGUGCCCCUUUAUUAGUAGGGAAAGGGGGGUGGUAUUCCUCCUCUGCUAGAUGUUAUUUGACAUGUGAUCAAAGUCAUCAUUAUCAUUAUCAUUAUCAUCAUUUUUCCUCCACUGUUCUAUCAUCCAGAUUAUGUGAACAAUUUCGCUCAAUUGGGAAAUGUUAAAAAUAAGCUUAAAAGUGAGCCAUUGUAAUAUGUAAAAUAAUCCAACGGCGCUCCUUCUAAAAAAAAUGUAGAUUAUUACAUUUCUACGACAAUAAGACCCUCACCAUAUAAAUUGAUUGUCAAGCAAUUCGACAAAGAAACGGCCGCCAUACUAAAGUAGACGUUUACAGAAAAUGAACGAGCAGCUGAAGAUUGCUUUCCUCUCUAUCGAUCACUUAGAGUUCUCCUUUACGUUUUUGGACAGAGAUACUCUGUCCAAUACUCUCUAAUACCCUCCUUCCAUAACGUCUGCCAGACGAUCGACUGUGAUUCGUUAGAAAAGUUCGCCAAGUUUUAGCCUUAAAUUUAUUCCCUGCCCCUCCCCUGUAAAGACAGUGUUUUGACCCGUAACCAGGGUCCACGCCGUGCCCAGACACUUUACUUGAGAAGCUUCAUUUCAAGCAAAGAGAGGCGAUCAUCCCCAAAAAUUGAAAAAGUUAUUUCAAACAAAAAGAAUGACGAAUGAGAUGAGCAGUUCAGUAUAAACGAAACCUCGUUCGUAAACAAGUCUUUCUCCAACCUGUAAGCGCGCACAAAAAUACCGUACUAUUGUACGAGUAGAAAAAAAACCUUCUUGUUCAGAAAUUCCAUCUUGCAAUGUUUUCCAUAGUACUAUGUUGCCUUGAAAAUAUUUCGUUUUGUGCCUAUCCCCUGUCUGCACUUACCUGGGGUCCUUUCCACUUGCUACAGUCUCGGAUUUUUGACAAUUCUGCUCAUGAAAUGAUGAAGCGCGCGCAUUUUGUUUUCAUUUCACGCGUGAAAAGAUCCACUUGCUGCGACAAAAUCUUUCCGAAUUCUCAUUGCUCUUAACUACACAAAACGUUGAAAGAUCGAAACCUAGUCAGAUUUGUUCUUACCAUGUGCCAUUUUGGACUACCAACAGGUCCACCCGGAGCGGUGCUAUUCCGUCGAUCUAAGACUGUUGUUGUUGUUCUUGUUGCUAUGGUUGUGAUGUUGCUUUAUUCGUACAAAAGACGUAUUUUGAUUAUCUAAGACCUGCGCAUCUUGAUUUAGCAGACUUUUAUGUUUAUUAGCUGGCCGUAGUUGUCAAUAACUAAGAAUGGGAUUUCCUUGCGCUUGCUUUGGUACCCGCCCUUUGGAGUUUUUCUGGUCCCAAGCUCCGUUUUUUUCCAUGCUCCAUGUUCAUUUGAAACAUGCGUUUGGGGCGUAGCCUUUUCUGUAGACCAUGCCAUGAUCUGCACGCGGGGUUUUGUAAUUCAACGUCGUAAUAACUUACGCGAUAUCGACGCUGAGUAACUUAGUAUAGUGUGCAAUGUUCAGAUAGAACCCGUCCUGCAAGACAUUACAGGCGAACAACUAAGUAGAAGGACAAACAAAGCCCCGGAAGCAAGACUGGACAUUCGUGCACGUGGAUUUUGGGAAAGACAACGAUCUGCCUUUUUUGAUGUUAGGGUAUGUCACCCAAAUGCAGACUUGUAUCAAGAUCUUGAAUCACACCAGAUCUACGAAUAUUGCACGAAAACGAGAAGAAGCGUCUAUAUGGGGAAAGAGUUAUAGAAGUUGAACAUGGUACAUUUACACCACUGGUCUUCACCACAACCGGAGGUAUGGGAAAAGAAUGCAGCAGAUACCCUAACCGACUAGCUGAGUUGAUUUCAAUUAAGGAAGAAGAGAGUUAUGCGAAGACCAUCUCAUGGAUUAGAGCUAAAAACAGUCUUUCUCAUUACUGAGAUCCACUUAUUGAGUCUAAGAGGCUCAAGGACUAUUAAGAAAGUCCCGUGCGACAUUAACCCUUUAACUCCCGUGAGUGACCAAGACAGAAUUUCUCCUUACUAUAUCUAUACAAUAUCACACAGACAAGUGAUGAGAAUAAGGAAAAAUAUCAAUUAUGGGAUUACUAAUUGAUUCAAUACCAAAUUCUCCAAACUAGUGUAAUGAGAAUCAUUUGGCAGACAGUAAGGAGAAUUACUAGUGAGAUCUUGGGAGUUAAAGGGUUAAGAACAUUGACAUUGACACCCAAACCCAAACAACAGAAAGCGCCAUGUCUAUUGAAAUUUAGACUUAUAUUCUUUUAUAUGUUCCUUAAUUUAAAAAAAAUUGUCUUUGUAAAUAUUGACUUUUAGACCAUUUAUUGUUCACAAGUAUUUGAAAGAUUGAAUUCUAAAUAGCUGCUAUUUAUGUUGAAAAUUUUAUCAGUGAACUCUUAUUUUGCUUUGGCUCUGCAAGUUCGUCGGAGUUAAUAUACAUUUUUGUACAUAAAACACGAUUUGUUUUUCGUUCUACAUCCAUCUGUAAAUAUUCUGACUAAGUUGUGAAUAAAGUUAUUAUUAUCAUUUUUAUUAUUGUCAUCUAAUGAUUAAAAUAUACAACCUAAAAAUUAUAACAUUUAACAAGAUCAUUAUAAUUAUCAUUAUGAAAAAGAACCAAAUGGUGUACAAUUGCGUAAAAUACCUAAUCUAAUUAAUAACAAUUUUGUCGUUACUGACAAGGAUGAUGGUCAUUUUCGGGUCUACUCGCUCUCCGACCAUCUAUACCAAGUUAAUUACAAAAGGAUCCCAACGGGGUGAUGGUUUUAAGGUAAUGGUAAAAAUUUUGGCAUUUUUACGACUAAUGGUUAUCUCAAAAUGACAGAAAAUGACACAUUCUAAGAGAGGAAAACAUUUUGACGUUUACCUUUUCUUACGAAUGACGGUUAAAUUUAUCGAUUUUUACGCCUAACGUUUAAAUUUUAUGGCCGUUUACGGCUAACGGCUAACCCAGUUGAGAUCCUCUCACAAAGUGUGACAGCUUUUUUAUUACAAAGUGCAACAAAUGUUUUUACUAAGCGCAACGAUUUCAUUAGAAAGUACUUCAGAACAGGGGCAGACAUGCAAACCCUUGCAGGAAAUCUAAUUUCCGCUGUAAUUUGAGAAAAAGUGUUAUUGGAAUAUCGUUACACACAAAUUUCUUUCCCCACUGCAGGUUUAUGAUGAAGGCGACAUCCUUGUGAUCUGGGGAUAAUGUCUGGGCCUAGAGUUGCUUUCAAUGCUGGUUGCUGGGAGAGAUUUAAAAGUGGGGCAAUUAGACCAGGAAUUUUUCAGCGAAGCCGCUGCAAAAAUGUCAGCCUGAAAUUAAUUCUUUCAAGAAAGUUGGUGGUGCAUCUGUUUUACGAUAAUAUAGCCAAUCCGUAUUUCAACUCUAUUAAAGUAGUAACGCCCCUGUUUCUUUUUGCUUUGUUUUGCUUUGUUUUGUUUUGUUUUGUUUUGUUUUUUAAAAAAAGAUGGAUUCAAGUGAUCCAAUAACAUCUUUAGAAAAGAAUUCCAGAGACAUUCCAAAAAUUUUAGCCUGUAGAGUAACCCUUUGGGCAUUUCAAAACUCCUCCUGUAGGUUUAAUGUUUUUAUAGUCAAACGAACUUGUAGCACUUUACUUAGCUUGCGUUCUGGUGGAUGUCUGGGCACUGGACAUUGGCCCGAUGUUCACAGGCAUCUUCGAACUGCACAGCUUAUUAAGAAGCUCUUCGUGGGGUCAACCCUUAGGCGUAAAACAGCAGAAACAAUUUACAGUUAGCCAUACAACAGCAAAAAUCUUAACCAUCACCCCAUUGAGACCCUCCAUUAAAACGUUCUAUAUAUUAAAUUCGCAUUAGAGGGAAAGUUGGAUCGUAAGAUCACAGUUCGGUUUAAGUUGUCAAAUAGACACAUAUGAUAGAGUGACCCUAUAGUGAUACAACUUAUUUUCGUUCUGCAGAUUAUAAAACAACUUCUUUAUGGAAAUUUGCUCCAAGACACGUUGUGAAAUUCUUACAGAAAAACAAUGCAGCAUACAAAAAUCACAGGAAAGCCAUCGUGCAUCACACUACAGGUUAGUUGAAAUUUAUUACUUCUAUUCUUAACAGAGGAAUCUAAGUUAUUAUUAUUACUAUUAAUAUUAUUCAUUUAUAGUUUUAAGAGACCAGUCAUUUUAUUUUUUGCCUGGGCAUGGGGGCGGAGGAUUUUGGGAUGGAUCACAUGGUUUUCAGGGGGCCCGGUACGGGGAUCAUUCGUCGCCAAUUGAAACACAGCACAAUGGGGAACUAGAGAAAAUUUCCUGCCCAUUAAUUGUCAAUAAGUGGAGAUCAUAAGAAUAUUACAGUCAGCCUUGUGAUGACGAAAUCUGGUAAAUUUCAUCGUGACGCAACAGAAAUCCUCCGAUCCUCCACCCCCCCCCUCCCUCCCCCGACGAUAAAUAACAACUGAUCCCUGAACCUAAACAAUUAUCGUAUUGUAAAUUUAGAGAUCUUUCGUACAAGUUUUUGAUGUUGGUGACUUUGCAGAUGCGAAAAAAAGAACAAUAAAAAGAAAGAAAAACAGUAUUAAGAAAUUUUAGCGCCCAUUACAGGACCUCCAUGCUAAGGGACAACACCCAAGUGAGCAGGGAGAGAUUGACCUUAGCCUUGUGAUUUAACCCUUAAUCUAGGGUGACCAGAGUCUGAUUUCUCCUUUACUUACAACCCCUGAAUCAAACAUCGAGGUCACGAGAAUAAAGGAAAUGAUCACCAACUAAAGAAGUUCUUGAUUGUAAAACAAAUUCUCCUUGUCAGCACCUAAAGAAAUGUACAGAGAACAGUGAGGAGAAUAUGCAUACCAAUGAUAGGGUGUAAAGGGUUGUUAAAUCUUUACGCCCUAACUUGUCUCAGAUUAUACAUUGACUCGUACUACUCUGUUCUUUCGCGCCAGAAUUAAACAAGUAAAGAUGUCUAAAUACCUUUUUUAGAAUUUUUUCAACCAGCAAAGAUGGCAAGGGGGUUAAAUUUAUCUCAACUAUGGAAGGUAAGAACCAAAAGUAUAAGGAACCCUAAAAAACGAACACAAAUAUCAUAAGCUUCAACCAGCUUCUAUUUGGUUUCUUCGCUACAUUAGUCAAUGUAAUGUUUUGUGUAAAUAGUAAAACUAAAUAGGAAGAAUUCCUUUAUCAUAUGCUUUUGGUAAGUCUUCAGAAAAAAAAACAGAGGUAGACUUCCCUCUUAUACAAGCUUGAUGACAAGAGUCCAAUUGCACUAUUUAAUGGGUAAGGGUAAAAUGAUAUUUUAGUGGCACUAUUGUUGUAAUGAUCCGCUGACCGAAAAAAAAUCCCAGUAAUCAAAUUACACGAAACGAGUGGAUCGAAAUGCAGAAACGGAACCAGAAAAAAAUAACAGAAGCUCAGGCCACGAUCAUUUCUAUUCAAAGCACAUGAUUCAAGACGAAAAAAACACUUCCCUAUAUAGGGGGAAUCAGAGUCGAAAUAACAUGUCACACAACAUGUCACAACAAAAAAUGAACAACAUUUGAACUUCUCAAAAAACUUUUCUUGUUUUUCUUAUAAAAUGAAUUGAGUUGGAAUCAUUGUUAAUCUCAUAUAGUUUGAUUGAUUAAUUUUGCUUAAAUGAUCCUGGUAACAGCAGUGGUACUGUAAACUUAUGAGAGUACUUCGAUCUAGACAUUUUCUAUUCUGAGCUUGUAGUAUCAAGGAAAAAGAUAUUUUAUCAAUUAAUAACCCUUUCACUCCCUUUAGUGACCAGGGGAUUGUGAACGAUAUUUACAGAACUGCCUCGAAAGGUCCGCAAAGGUGGCUUAACACCUAAUAAGCACAACGUCUCUGAGCGUUAGACAGCUCACUCGAAUUCCCCUGUACCUCGUUUUUUUUUUUUUUUUUUUUUUACGUUUCCCAUAACAGCUCAAAUACACGGAGUUCCAUUGAACUUCGUAAAAAUUGAACUUGAUGUCCAAGAACUUUCUUGAACCUUGCCUUUCUGGAAUCUGCCGGCGCUUACACUUGAACCUUGCAGGGUCGCUACGAAUGUUAGGUCAAAAUUUUGCCGAACUGAGGAAUCAAGAAGCAAAGGGGUUUGUAUUCUUUCCGAUCAGUAAAAUUGCAUGACUUUGCAGGACUUUUUACAAGACUUUGUUGAUGUUUUCCAUCAAAAUUUUUUACCAAAACGUUGCUUUCACGGAUGAACGCGAUCAUUCGAUUAAGGCAUUUCUUCGUUAUUGAAUAUUCUGGGAAAGUCCGCGUCAAAAAUUCCACGAAAAUAUAGGUUAACGUUGAGUUCAUUAACCACUGUGACAAUAAGCUUUUUGGCUGCUGCAUAUUAUCAGGUUUUCUGGUGGGAACGCUAUUAAAUCGGGGGAAAAUAGCUUAGUAAAGAAAAACUUUGCCGGCGGUAACGAAAACUCGAUACCAUUUCCAGGCACACGGAGAUCAACCUCGACGGCGUUCUCACGGAGUUCAAGCAGACAAGGACUUUUCAAAUAGUCAGCACUCGGUUCCAACAGCAAUUCAUUUAGAAUUCCUCGUAAUAAGUAAUGGUAAUAAGACUGAGUGGAGUCCAGUUCGGUCGGUAAUCGUACGAGUGAUAACAAAAUCGGACGACCACGCAGUGGGAGUCUGAUUUUUUUUAUCACGAGUAUGAUUACAGACCGAAUUGGACUACACGAAGUCUUAUUACCAAUUUAUCCUAAAAAUUACAAUUUCCGUGAAAAGAAAAAUAGCCAAGGUAUGAAAGAAAGGGAAAAUUUGCAAAAAAGGACUGAUUGGUUGAUUUAAACUAUAACCAUUUAUGUGAUUGGCGUAUUGAACUGUCCGAUAACAACUUGGCAAGUGAAUUAGCAGAAAAUAGGAGUUUUUUAAACCAAUCAUAGUCGAAGAAAUUGUAACAUUUAUGAUUAUCGAUGUAAUCAUAAUUUGAAAAGCCAUACAAUGUACUAGCUUGUAUGCGUUCUUUUACAUCUGAAGCGUCUACCAUUUGCACACUGCAUUUCCUAGCACAAAAUACGAGUAAAAUGCACUUAGGUCAAAAGAACGAAGUAACAAGUUUGAAAGCGUUCACGAUAAAAAAAUUCACAACUUGAAAUUAGAAGACGAAGCAAAGCUAGUUAAAGGGAAAUAAAAUCUUGUAAUAAACUUGUUACUUAUUCCGUAAAGUUACAGGAAGAUAACUUAUUCGAUUAACAGGAACUAGCAAAAUUAUCUUAAGAACAUCUUUUCAGUUGCAUGCCUGUAAUUAUGAGUCGAAAAACGGCUCGAUAAAAUUGAAAGCGUAGGGUUUUUGGCUACAAAAUGAACUAAAGCUACGAUAGCAUCGUCAAAGGAACAGUUUCCAAACAUAAUAAGUGCACUUUGUACUCGUUAAUUGAAAAGCUGAAAUACUAUUGGCUUUUAUACUUUUUUUCAUAGCAAAGCUGUCUAAGAUAAAUUGUCACAUAAGAAUUGCCUGUUGUUUGACAAAAGAUAAGGAAUUCACUGAAUCAAAACCAAGGAACAUUAAGUAAAGUCUCGUAAUACGCGUACUAACUUAAUCAAUAUUAUUGUUUCCACUGAACUUGGUUAUUUAAGUGCGAGUGUAUGUAAUUUAGACUAACUCUUGAAAGUUGUGUGAAACAUUGAUCGUUUACAUUAUUUUUAGGCUUUGCCUUAUGCUUUUCAAGGAAUCUACGGACGCCGUGAUAAAUAAUUCCCAAUGAGAUAUUGCACUUGUUUAGUGAAUCUUUGGUAGUAAGCCACCAAGUGCACGAAAACAACAUUAGCAGACAUAGACGGAAAAAAGAGUCAGUAAUCUUACCGCAAGAGUUGACCUCACAUAGUGUAAUCACCCGUAGCGAAGGUGGAAAAUGUCUCAAGCAGGACUCGCUGUUUAUUACCACAGUGCAAGAUGUUGGUGCUUCUGAUGGGUUCGAUGUGAAACAGCAGUCACCUCAGCGCCACCGUAAAUAAAGAUUACGGUCUUGAAGCGAUUGAUCAAAGUUUUCAGGUUGUUACAUAGCAAUUCAACAACCGGCUGACCAACUACUGAAUUGUGGCGUAAGCGGAAGCCGAAACUUAAAGUUCUUGGUCUGCACAAUAGUUAUGGUUUGUUUGGGGCCUGGGAAUAGUGAAAGGAGGAUAAGAGGAAAAUGCAAAGCGUGCAACGUUGAGCAAAAAAAAAACCAGGUCUAAAGGAGGUCCUUUCAAAAGCUUCAAAAAAAACAUUAUUGAUGUACACUGUAGAUUAUUUAAAACUUCCUUUUCUUUUAUUCUAUACCACUCACUCCAAUAUCAUUUAGUAUGUUUCAUUUUGGCCUUGGUCCCAUGUCUCUCUCUGCAUUCUUGAGGGACCGGGGAGUAAUAUCCUUUGACAUUUUAACUGUAACUGUCAUGACAACUGGAAGUUAGUCACAACUUUGGGCAAGACAUUGAAAAUUGUUUAGUCAUUAAUCAUCAAAUACAUUGAAGAAAACUUUUAAACUGUUCUCUGUUUUCAAUUGUUUUGAUAUUCUGUGAAUAAUGGACAAUACAGGCUAGUCACAACAUAUAAUUGUAUACAAGAUGAGCUAACACAAAUGUUUGAUUCCUUCCUAUAGGAAAAUUGUUUCUGUAUCAAUGCAUUAUUUGUCACAAACUCUUAUCACUCUUACAACAAAGCUCAUCUCCACACUAAUCUAUUUAACAAGAAUUAUUCCAAAUCAGAGACCAAAUUUUAAACUCUCCAUAUAUUUUGAACAAUCUUGGAUCAUUUGGUUAUGUGUGCUGAGUAGAGUUUCCAUUCCAUGUGUUACUGUUGUCAUCUUCAUCAUCUCUGUUGUGAAGCUGGUGAAUUCCAGAUGAAACAUUACCCAGGACUCUAUGAUGUACUCCACAACUACCAUGUAAAAAAAAAAAAAAAACAAAAAAACAGCAAGAAAGAUUGGCAUGUAACCUUAGCAAGGAAGGAGUUCAGGUGUUGAUCCUGAUUCUGUUUCAUGCAAGCCCAAAUUCACAAAAAAAAAUUAUUUUACUCACUGAAAACGGCAACCUGAAACAUGAGACUAUCUUUCUGUUUGUGAAAUUUGCAAAUUGUGAUAAUUGAAUAUUUUGUCCAGAGUCACCAGUGGAAAAAUAUGUGCAUUUUCAAACAUUCAAAAGUUGUUUAAUUCUCCAAAACUUUAAUCUGUCAAACAUUGAGCCAAACAAAAAACAAAACAAACAAUGGACAAUAACAUUGACUGUAAAUCAAAUUCUUCAAACUUGAUAUCAGGGAAUUCUUUUUGGUUUUUGGUUUUUGGUUUUUCAUUCUAAUACCAAACAGCAAACAACCAAACUAGUUUGAUACAGUUGAACAAUAAACUGUGUAACUGUUUACAAAAGGGAAACAACCAAAAGAAGACUCACUUUGAUGGUUUUGACUGUGUGCUGCUGUUUGUUCUCUGUGAAGGAGUAUUCUGUGUCCCUCUACCAAAUAGGAAAAGCUUUCAGGAAGUUAAUCAGUGUGAACAGAGGUGAAAGAAUCCAUAACAACAGUUUAGGGAAUGAUGAAGUCCCAGAUGGAGUGAGGAAAUUACUUCCUCUCUGUGAAAAAAAAAUUAAGUUUAGUGUUACCGGUACUUAUUUAUUUUUUUAAGUGUUGGAAAAUUUCUGAAUGGUGGAGGGACGUGGAAAUUUACUCAAAGAAUUUGAGGAAAUAUUUUUCACAAGUACAAUAAUAAUUAAACAAUGAAAAAUAAAAACAACAACAACAAAAAAAGAUUCAACAUUCAUUGGGAGUGAAGGAGAAGAAAAAAGCUUAAGUUGGUUGCAAGUGGCACCCAAGCUUUCCUUAAACAUAACCCUACUUUGAUUUCCUGAAGUUUCAACCUCCAUUACCUAACUCUGAGUUACACACAUAUAAACAGAACUCAUUGGUGGGCUAAGCUGUAUGCCAGGUUCACAUGAGACAAAUAUUCACUUUUUCCAAUGGAUGAAUGUUUAAAAAAAAAUUUUAUAUUAAUCUAAAACUUACCACAGCUACAAUUAAAGAGGAACUUAGAGUCAGACCUUACUCAGGCAAACUCUUUACCAGGUCUUCUUUAGUCAGCUCUUGUCUAGGGUAGGUGGUGUACAUUCUUAUUGAGCUGAUACUGGGUCCUGGUUGCUGAGAACAAUUGAAAAGAUCCCCAUGAAUAAAACUAAUUUUUAGAAGAUUUUUAACAAAUUUGCUCAAAGGAGCUCACUUGUGUUUUGGAGGGGUUGAUGGCUGUAAGGACAAUUGAAAAAAACCAAAUGGUCUUGAAGAGAACCUUAGUUUGGACACACACCACCAAGGUUGCAGAAAAUUAAGAAUCUAAUGCAGACCUAGGAAUUGGUACAUCUUGUCUGACUUUAGGAGGAAAAUUAAGGAAAACUAUUUCUGGCCCCUUCAAUAAGAACCUAACAAUUAUAUAGCUCCAAUACAUUUAACACUGAUUUCUCCUCUACUUAUCUUAAUAGAAUUCCCUGAAAACUAUUAAAAUUUUUUUCAUUGUUUUACAUGUACUUGUAAAAAUCAACUAUUCACAGUGAUGACAUACUUUCUCCAAAGGAGUAUCAAGUGGGAAAGAGUUUGUUAACAAACUGCCAUCUGGAAGACAAAACUGGAGCCGGGCAGAAAUGCUGAGUAAAAACAAAAAGUCUCUGUUGCAUGUACAGUGCAUUUAAUAACAAUACAAUACAACAAGGUAUAACUGAAGUAAUGGCUGAUGUUAUAAACAGCAUGUACUUUAAUUACUUUUACAAUGUAGAAGUGACGGAUAUUCAAGAACUCAAAACCUGUACAAAUGACAUGUGUUAUUGCAUUUCUACCUUACUUACCACUCAGUCUUUCCUAACCCCUCACUAUCUCCAGUCAAGGUAGUUGAAGGUGAGAGUGAGGGGGCUUGUGGAUGCUGUCUCUCCUGUGCCUCAUUCUGUCACCUUGCUUCCCUUUCUGCUUUAUCUCUAGCAAUCUGCUGCAGCACAACUUCCCUGUGGGUCUACUCUUUCUUCUUUGAUUUGAUUCACAAUAUUUUGUGCUCAUCUCUCCUCUCAGUCAAUUUUGGCUUUACCAAGUUCUUGUCCCUGAUGACGUCUAUCAAAUUCCUUCUUCUUGGCUUCCUAAAAUGCAAAGAAUUCUCUUUAUCAUCUAUUCACUGGUGAAGAUAAUAAAUUUGCAUUUUACAGAAUCAAAGUGGCAAAGCAGAGUGAGUGGUUUAUAACAUUUAAUUAACUUUCUUGAACUCAUCAAAAACUGAGCUCAAAGUUAAUAAAUAUGAUUGCCUAUUGGCCAUUAGUAGGAUACUGGAUUCCAGAUUGAAAGUUGUCCCAAUUACAGCAAUUCAUAUAGCAUCAAGUCUCCCAGCCAUAGCAGUUGUCCAUCCAGUUGAUGGAGCAAUGAUCCUUUUCUAACAAGAGUAAAUGAGUUAGGUGAUUCCUUCAAUAAAGGUAUUAUAGAGCAUGAUACAAGUAGCAACAUUUCAGACAGCCACAAUAGUCAUGAACAGCCCAAAAGCCAACUAGCAAUACAUGCUUCUAGGUAUUCAGACUUUUACAAGUCCCAUGAUGAGGGAAAUAUGAUAACUAGAAAUCUAGAACAGCUUAUUAUACCACAACCAAGUGUUCCACACAGGACAACUUAAGAAAGAUGACAUAGCACAGAAAGGCCUGCUUCAGUUGCAAAUUCACACCAAAACCACUUUUCAACUGUGGAUAACCUUGCCACCAAAGACCUUGAGGUUCUCACUUUACCUGCCCUUACCUUUUACAAUCACAAAAUCAAUCUCAACAACAAACACCAUCAGUAGCUCAAAAACAGUUUUCUAACUUAAGUGUACCACCACAAUCCACUUCAAUACAUGUUCCUUCUUCAACUACACAAUCAGUCACAUUCUGGGAACUGGCAGCCUUCCUAUCUCAGUCAACAAUUGGGGGUCAUCAAGGCAGCAGUGCUUCUACAGCUAUUUCUUAGUUGUUGGCAAAGACAUACUUAAGAAUGUGAACAAAAAACCAACGGUGUGAUCCAAAAGCAAAAAGCAAGGAAACACAUUUUCUGCAAACUUGCUUUGGUGACAAACAAACCCUUCCUUCAACUGGAAAACCACCAACCACUGACUCCAAGCUGGAUUCUAGCCUUCAUGUCAUGUAUAAUGGGGGGAAAUCAAGCAUAUGACAGUUUCAUGCAGUCACCAUCAUAUCUUGGUGUUGUUGAAGCCAUACCUCUUGUCAGAAGCAGCCUGGGUAGUUUGAGCUAUGAAGAGGAGUUCACUGUUUGUUUUGUCAAGGAGCCUAAUUCAAGUGAGGAAUCUGCCCUGAGUUUUCACUUGAGUAGAAGACUUACCAACACAAAUGCUGCUUUUACAAUAAUUAAUGGUUUAACGAUUUCAUUUGUAAGUGAUGCAAAUGACAACAUCAUCUUAAUGUAUAGCCAUCUCCACUUACCAAAAGGCGCCUUUCUUGCACAGUCUCAACGCAGUGACAUUGAAGAACUAUUAAACUGGCUGAACUUAAAGCUAUCUGCGACGGUGAAUUUUCGUACGGUUACUUUCAUCAACUUCAGGUAACACUGUGUGGUAAGAAAUGCAUGUAAACGUCAAACAACGGCGGUUGAUCGUAAAGUUACAUCGACAUAUUUCCAGACGCAAAGAAGAUUAAGAAAUGUGUCAAGUAUAAAUGUUAUUGCAUCUAUUACGUUUACGUUGUGUAGAGGAAAAGAACGUUCACUUAAGCAAAACGACUGACAGAUUCAAGACUAAUUUCGGUUGUGUCCUAGUGUACCGGUACACAAAGGAAGGAAACAUUAACGAACUGCGUCAUAACUCCAUGUAUGGUUAUGAAAACAAAAGGAAUUCCCUCGUGUACCGGUACACCAGGACAGCCCCCUAAUUUCGAUUGUAAAACAGCUUUUACUACCACAAGAGUUUACAUCGAAAAGCUUUUUAAGUUUAAAGCAUUUAGUGAACAAAUACCGAUGAUGAAAUGCGUUUUGUGAAUAAAAUUGGUGAAUGGAACGGGAACACGCAACGAGCUGUCUGGAUAAAUUUAACUCAGCUUUAAAUAAACAAAUAAAUAACGACUUUAUUGGAUAACACAAUUACGGGUAGAACCCGUAGUUCUCAUUGUGGUCCACAGUGAGUUGAACUAUGUCUACAAUAAUUCUAUUCACCCUUCAGAUUUUUCCAUAAGAACAAACUCAAUUAAAAAAUUUUCCAGUUGGAUCACAUCAAUGUCAGUCCCAAAAAGUGUAGAACGAUGUUCUGUUCGUUCUUCGCCAAACUCCACCCACGCUGGAAUCACUAAUAGCUCCUUGAAAGAGCGAAACCUGUCGAGCAUGCGCACUCUUUUUGUAGCUGUGUCCAAAUUGUCGCCACUUGUAAGAGGUGAGAGCCAAUCAGAAGAGGUGAAAACAGGUGAAAGCCAAUCAGAAGAGGUGAAAACACAUGAAAGCCAAUCAGAAGAGCGCAAACAGCCCAAGGAUUAAUAUAAAUACUGCUCACUACGUCUACAGGAACUUUUGCACAUCGCUGGCGCUCAUUUGGUAUUAGUAGAAGUAGCACGUAUCAUAGAAUAAAAAUGCGGGGGGCAUUCUUUCACCAUUCAAUCCUUCGUCCCUUCUCCAGUGAAGCUCAUGCAAGUGCAGAAUGGCUUCAUCUGCGACAAAGAAAGGUAUUUGGAUUCUCUGAAAAUUUCUGAUUGUCGGGCAUUUAAGCCCGUUAGGACCUAACGAGACCACGGCCGGGCAAUGAGGACGUACCAAAACAAACGAUCGAACGGGAAGGAAAGAUAGUUUAGCACAUGUGUUUUAAAACUUGGAACAUUUCUUCGCGGUCCUCUUCAAAAUAAAAACGUGCUUCAAGACCAAGCCAAGCGCUCUAGGAUUUAGGGUGAAUUACCGCAGUUCCGUCUUUUAGGAUAAGGGGUAAUUUUACGCCAUCGCAUCAUUCGGCUAAUCCAGUUUUUAGGGUUGCCUGACUGCAAUGUUGUGUAUCACUUGGUGUUGCGAGUGUGCAUGUGGCUGAAGAGCCCAGCACUAUCUCCAAACAGUCAUUGAGUUAGUCAUGCAGUGGCUAAAUGACCGGCAGCCCUACGCAUUCGACAAAUUUGACGAAUCAAAUGAACAUAGCCUUCCCAAACUAUCUGAUGUUGAUCACGAAGUGCCCAAUGACCCUCAACAGGCUUUAUAUCCCACAUCUAACGCUUGGUUAAAGUUAAAUGCACACCUCAAGUAGUAUAACUUUAGCUACUUAUCUAUAUUGACUGUUGAACGUUUCUUUAAUUUGAACUCCAAGAGUUUUUGGUAAAAUUUCCGCACAGCCCCAUACUACAUUAUGCAUUCAGUUCUUGGAUAGAGAAAACAAUGACAAAAACAAUAGAUUGCCAUUGGGUGGAAAUUUUUACCGAGUUUUUUGUCAGAACAAAGAAAAUACCUAAAUCAAUACAUGUAAAUAUCUUUCUUCCUUCUCUGAUCUUUUUUAGUCACUCUUGAUAGUGAAGCAGAAUAUCAGGGUCCUUGUUGAUUAAAUUUUUACCUGGAAAACUGUUCUUUUUCAGAAUCAAGUAUCACCUUGCAGUACCAUUCUGAGGUGAGUUUCAUAGAUAGAUGUUGGAAUGAACCAAAAAAUGUUGAACAUCACCUGGUUAUCAGUCUGGGAAUUUGAAAGAGUAAACUGUUUCUCAUAAUUCCUUCACCUGCAAACAUAUCACCUAACAAAGUUAUAAAAUUCUUUGUUGAGACAUAGUUGUUGAGCUGCAUUUAUCUACCUUCCAACUGUCUUGACAAGAAAGUAGAUUUGUCAAAAAUGUUCAUCAUGGUGCAAAAUUGUAUUUUGGCCCAUCAUCCAGGACUUAAAAACUUACAUAAUUCAUUGUUAAGAAGCUUUGGAAACAUUAUGCAGAGCCAGUAAACUCAAUGAUGAUAAUGUUAUAUACAGUUCAAGCAUUUUGUGAGAAAGUGAGUCACAGAAUAUGAGUUUCUUUUGCUGAUUUUAAACCAGCUUUGGUGUAGAUUGAAGAAGGCCUCUUAAAGGUAAUCACAAUUUUAUCUGUAUUCCACCAACAGGAGUGGGAACUAACAUUUAAGGCCAGAUAUGGCAUUGAUGGGGAAGAAAGAAUGGAGGUUGAUAAUGAACCUGGUAAUUGUUUUAAUUAUAACCUGUUUGUAUCUGAAUGUUCUUGUUUUUAUAUUUAGUUAACAUUGUUGCAAACCUUAUCGGUUAGGUACAGUAAGCUAGGGGCUAGUGGAUUUUGAGAUCAGGCUGGGAGAUUCUGACCCUCAUUUGCCCAACUGGCAAGAGGAUUUUUUCAGGAAUCGUUCAAAGUACAGAACAACCUCAAGUCUAAUACCCUUUUCAUACCAGCAAAACAUGUUCAGUUCAACUGUGUUUAACUGAAUGAACAUCAGAAACAGAGAACUGAACAACUGAAUUUCGAAUAUGGUUCAUUGAAGUACUGAGUCACUAACGAUUUUCACUGUGUAGAAUUUGAAGUUGACAAACAUUGGCUUGAGCAGCUCAUCAUUCUCUGGGAUGAAGGGCUAACCCUUGAAACAUCAUCUUAGAAACUCUCUGUCAUGGCCAAUUUACAUCAUCAACUUGUCAAUUUUUAAUUUGAUGAAACCAAAUUAUCUAAUUUUAAAUGGUUUUUAACAAAAAAGCUUUAAAAUAUGCUUUAGCUUUGGUGUGAAUUGGUUUUUACUUAAUUUUUUUUGUCAACCCACAGUUAGACUUAAGUGGAACAGAAUUAGUAUUUGAAAUUGUUGUAGUGAAGUUAGUAUUGGAUUCCAUUUGUUACUAUGCUGUGUGAAAGUUUUCCUAUGCAGUCUUGCCAAUCUGCACAAUCUUCAGAUUCAAACAAAUAGAACUGUGGCUUUUGGACAGGAAUUUUUUUUAGCCCUUGCAGGCUAAGGUGAAUAGCUAAUAGAUCACAUUUUCAGCAUAUUUUGUAGUUUGUAGACUUGACUGCACUUCAUUUUCUUCAAUAGCUGAUCAACAUCCACAUAAACUACAUCUGAAAAUGAGAGACAGACAGGGGUGCAAACUGUCCUAUGUUUUUCCAGGGAUCCAAGAUGAUGUUAUAAGGAUACUUGGUUUCCUACAAAAGUUUAUAAACUCACCUGGGGUUAUCAUGAAAACUGUCAGGUGUAUCAUUUGUUACCUUUUGGAAAAGGAUACCCCUGGUGAGUAAAGUUAUUUUGAUCUUCUGUUUGACUCAAUGAAGAGUUGCAUGGAAAAUUGGUGAGGUUGACCAGUACUGAGCAGUACAUCCUUCAAAAAUGUAACUCUCUUGACAAUGAUAUGGUUCUGUCAACCAUCACAUUUUGAAGUUGUUGGGAUUUUUCAUUGUUACAUAACUUGCAAAUGAGUUAUCUUAUUGAGAUCUGUCUCUUUUGUUUGGCAGGUAUUCAUUUGGUUCCUGAUAAUGAACAGCUAUUAAUGACAAAAGUGGAUGAACAUAAAGGGACAUCAACCUUCAGCUACAGGAGUGACCCUGCAAGUGACAUAAUCUCUGUUUCUGAAUGUGAACAAAUCAACAAUGUUGUUGGUGUUCAUCGGCAGAAAUGUUGGCUGCUGAGUGUCCUGUGGCUCCUUUCAGAGUUGGCUGUGAUACAGUUUGGUAAGGGAAGGUAG